GAUAACCGUGAAAAUGUCGGCGUUGGUUUACGUCGUCCGUAUCUGCGUGUGGUAGGCAUCCAAGUGGACACGGAUGGCCCAGGAAGAAGUAAUCCUAACGCUGUAAAUAUGCAAGAAGAAGAAGAGUUCAGACGUGUUUCUGCAAGACCUGAUGUUUAUGACGUGAUUGCAAGAAGUAUUGCACCGUCUAUUUAUGGCAGUGAGAAUAUCAAGAAAGCCAUUGCUUGUCUGCUCUUUGGAGGAUCCAGGAAAAGGUAUGAGGAAAUGACGCUUUGUAUAUUUUUCUUCAUCCAAGUGUCUGGAUAUGUUGAGGUUACCGGAUACGUUAUAGGCACACGUUUCAGGAGAUCUACCGUUACUUGGAGAUUUUUUAUCCAAUUUCUACCAUAUUUUUGCUGAAUGUAGCCAGAUAGAUGAAGGGUAGCAUAAUGUUAUAAAAUAUACAGUACGAGAAUAAAAAUAUUCCUGAAUAUUGUUACUGUACACGUUUAAGUUUGGUGUACCUUCGCGGCGCCAUCCACGUUAAACGCUGGUUUCACUAAAAACCUCUCAAACUAUCUUAUCGAGGAUUGUUCUAAAAAAGCGUGCAUUCUAUUGUUGAUUUAGGAGUUACAGUAUUUGCUAAGACACAUUCUUUCCCGACUUGUGUUAUAUUGCAACCAAUGCACAACAAAGGCUUGUAACUCUGCAUAUGGUUUUUACUGUCAAAUCUGAGACCUGAGAUGCUUGGUUUGCAAACGAUUCAAAAAAGUAACGGCGUUUGCAUUCACACGAAGCCGACAAGCGCUCCGUUUUCAUCUCGCUCCAUAUAGAAAUCGUGCUCAAAUCAUUCCAGCAAAAAGUGGCGUUUUCAAACAAUUUUACUCCGGCGUAGUAUGAACGUAGUCUAGUAUUAAAUCUACAUGCAUUUGUUCUUAGGUUGCCAGAUGGUCUAACAAGAAGAGGGGAUAUCAACCUACUCUUGCUUGGUGACCCGGGAACUGCCAAGAGUCAGUUGCUCAAGUUUGUAGAGAAGGUCUCUCCUAUAGGGGUCUACACCUCUGGCAAGGGGAGUAGUGCCGCUGGAUUAACAGCAUCAGUGAUACGUGACCCUGUGUCUAGGAAUUUCAUCAUGGAAGGUGGAGCUAUGGUCUUGGCCGAUGGUGGAGUUGUUUGUAUUGAUGAAUUUGAUAAGGUACAAUACCGCUUGCGUAAUGUACAAAAUUAGUUGCUCACGUAGUGAGAUCAUAAUGAAAAUCCAUUGCCGUUAAUGGGCUGAUAUAUACCUUAAUUAUUUUGUACAAUGUUUUAGAUGAGACAAGAUGACAGAGUUGCCAUUCACGAAGCGAUGGAGCAACAGACUAUUUCAAUUGCUAAGGUAUAUAUAUAGUUCAGUUUGGUUCGGCGACUAUCCAUUUCUAUAACCUUGUCAAGGUAACCAUAUUUUAAUUCAAUAGAUUAAUUCGUAAUUUUCAUGUCAAUAAAUAAAUAAUUAAUAAGAGAAUCAUAAUCAAUUCCAAACAGCAGCGCUGGAUGAUCCACACUACAAUCUUACUGGGCAAGCUAAAAACGAUGCUGAGAUCUUUGGUUUGCUAGUCCCAUGCAUUACCAACUUCAGUUGGUAGAGUAUGCAUUUGACUAGCAAAGCAAUGAUCGCGGGUUCGGUUCCCACUUCAGUCAAGCGAAGUUUUCAGCUUGCCCGAUUUGGACACACUGAGGGACCUAAGUACAUACGCCACAACCAUUACUCUUGCUGCAUCAGACCAUCUAUCAGAUCCACACGGGGCAUAAAAUAGCAGCUAACUUAAGUCUGAGCCAACAUUGUAUACUGCAUGUACUCUUGAGUUAGCCUGCGAACAGGCUCUCAAGCUGAAUUGAGAGCCUGCAUCGAUGACUAAUGAAUUUGAAUAUCUGCGUCUCAAAUCGUGACGCGAAAUUCUCAUUGGUCAGAUGCUAUAAUUUAUAUGUUUCCGCUGAGCUCUAUAUAUGUCAACUGCCGAAGCACUAUGCAUAAAAAACACAUUAACUGAUCAAAUUGGUCUUGGCCGUCUUAUCUCAAAGCACGAAAUGUUCUGUUUUGAGAAAACAGUGUUUAAAACAUUUGAACUUUUGCUUGAAUAUCUUAUAUUUCGAAAAACAGUAUAAACUGUACGAUCUAAAUUUAGUUUGCACGAAAGUUGUAAACAACACCAUAUAAGGAUAGACAUUCCAUAUUUGGAAAAACGAACGUUACGGGGCAGAUAUUCAAAUUCAUUAGUCAUCGAUGCAGGCUCUCAAUUCAGCUUGAGAGCCUGUUCGCAGGCUACUCUUGAGUAGAUACCUUUAGCAUGUCGACAAUUUUGUUUCAUGGAACAAUAAGUGUAAUAUUAUACUGUAUGUCACUGUGAUUAAAAGGUUAAUAUUUUUAGGCUGGUAUUACGACGACAUUAAACACAAGAUGUUCAGUUCUUGCUGCUGCAAACUCUGUUUUUGGAAGAUGGGAUGAAACUAAGGGUGAAGAG